AUGGCGGGCAUCCUGUUUGGUUAUAUUUUUGAUGUGAAAGACAUUGACCCCGAGGGCAAGAAAUUUGACCGAGUGUCUCGACUGCAUUGUGAGAGUGAAUCUUUCAAGACAGAUCUCAUCUUAGAUGUAAACAUCCGGAUUUACCUUGUAGACUUGGGUGAUAAGUUCCUGUUGGUCAUAGCUACUACCUUGUAUGAAGAUGGUACCCUGGAUUAUGGUGAAUACAACCCCACCAAUGACAGGCCUUCCAGGGCUGACCAAUUUGAGUAUGUGAUGUAUGGGAAAGUGCACAGGAUUGAGGGAGACGAAACUCCUACGGAAGCAGCAACAGGCCUCUCUGCCUAUGUGUCCUGUGGGGGCCUGCUCAUGAGGCUGCAGGGUGAUGCCAACAACCUGCAUGGAUUUGAGGUGGAUUCCAGAGUUUGUCUGCUGAUGAACAAACUGGCCUUCUGAACUACGAGGGAAGCCAGCCUUG